UGAUCACGAGGUGGUAGUCAGGUGCUUUGGAGUGCCUUCUGCUCGCGUCCGUGUAGUGAUCUCUCGAUCUGCGUGCUUGGCUCGAGUCGCUUCAAAAAUUCGGCUUUACGAUGACAGGUAGUGCGAGAAAAGCGAGUCCGCUCCACGCGCCGCUCCUCGUGCUGAUCGUGGCCUGUCAAAUCGCGCUUUCCCAUGCCGGUACGCCCGUCGUGAUAUGGUGCUCGCACAACGAAUCGUCCGAUCACAAUUCGCCGUUGAAAACAGUACACCCGAAUCCGUUACAGAAACUGUCAUCGGAGGAAUUCGAGGAGAUCCUGUCACAGUUGGUCGUGACGAAUCCAACGAUCGUCGUCGCCGAAGAAUUGUGUGUCGAGGAUCUGAGAAAUAACAAGAUGCUAUCAACCGCCAGCAAUGGCUCGAGAUUGUAUUAUUUGCCGUGUGUUUUCGAACCGAAUACGAGUUUUCAAAAACUCUAUAGCGACAAACAGAUAAGAACGAUAGAAGAUAUAAACGAUGAUCAUGAGUUAAACAUGGUUUUAAAGGAUACAGAUUCAAGCGAGUGCAUAGCGCUUACAGGAAAACAGUGCCGUUACAGUCAAACUGAACGCAUAAAAAGGGAAGCUACUAAAGAGGAUACUGAGUUUAAGAUAAAAACAGAUCAAAUUUUGUUCUAUUCCAGUAAAUCACUAUCUUUCAAGGCACCUGAAAAUCCAGAUAAGAAUUUAGAGCUUCCUGGAUCCAAAGCCACAGGAUCAAGUCGUAAGGAGCAGAAUGGUACACUGAUUUUAACCAUCAAUUUUUCUAAUAUCGAGGACAUUGAAGAGUUGACGCUCGAUUUCUUCUUUCCGAUCAAAUACAUGGGCUAUUAUACAUUGGAUAAAGUCAAUUACGAAACAAAAGGCGGCAAGAACGGCGUUUUGUCGAGCAAACGGGACAUUUGUUUCCCGUAUAAUUUUUCUUAUCAUUGUUCAUUGCAAACCAUCUUCACUAACGGUCCCGUACGUUUAAAUAUCACGGACAUGCAAGUCGAAGUCGAUCAUAAGAAUGCGGUAUUUAGUGAUGCGUACGAUUGCGUUGGUUUCACUAGUAUACCGAUUUGGACGGGAAUAUUCGUGACUGCGAUACUGGCCUUAAUUAUGAUAUGGGCGCUUACUAUGAUUUUGGAUAUCCGUACAAUGGAUAGAUUUGACGAUCCUAAAGGAAAAACUAUCACGAUCUCUUCCGCGGAGUAGAGGUAUAAUAUGGAGACUUCUCUUCAUAAUACAAUUGUAAGUAUUAAGUACUCGUGCGAAAUCUAUUAUAAUACAGAUAUCACGUCAUAGUAUAUCUCAUGUCGAUUGUUCAUAAAAACAAUCACGAUCCGAAUAUUUAAUUCCCCGAUUUGAGUGUUAUAUCGUUACAAAAAAUAUUUUAUCAAAAAAAAAUAGUAAUGAUAAUGCUAGAUUCAUUACAAAGAAUUUUGCUCGAUGUAUAAAUAUCAUUCCGUUGUACGAUAUCCUUAAUUUCGAUAUUUACAUAUAUCAUUUAAUAUUUGCGUGUUUGUUGCCUGUAUGAUAUGAUUAUGAGAUUCUCAUUGUGGUAUUUAGUGUAUAUUAUAUCUAGAGAGAUUUAUGAAAAUUGUUUGAAUGAAUUAAGAUAGCACAAUGUAUACCAUAUACACCAAAUAAAGACAAACAAGAAAUGUAAAACAUUAAUCAUACAUGUAAUAGAAAAAGAAUUUUGUGUAACCAUAUAUUUACAGUUGCGUGCAAUACUAUUGACUGUUCCUUUGUACUGCGCAUUGUAAUACUUAUUGUCUCUGAGAAAAGCGAUAAAGUGAAACAAUUAUAAACUGAAAAACUGUUAUACAAUAGACAGAUAAAAUUCUGAAGAAACACCGCGCGCCUUCAGAAAAUAGUACUCACGCUUGUAUAAACGGCUUAUUUGUUAAUAAGAAUUUGUAAAAAUAUGUAAUAUAUAAACUAUAUACCAGAUAUAUAUAU